AUGGAGGCCCAACCCAACAAAACCUUGGAUAAUCUCAGGGCCGUCGUGCCCCGCCCUCGCUGGGUGCUGCUCGAUCGGCUCGGCCACCGCGAGGACCAGGCCGACGCCGACGCGGCCACCGUGGCGUCGUCCCGCACCUCCACCGGCACGGUCAUCAGUGUGUCGUUCCGGUUCGACGCGCCGCCGGCGACCUCCCGCCUCUACCUCCGUUGGCCGUUUGGACCGAGCAAGGAGGACUCAUCUUUCGCGUACCCCCGCGUCGUCGCUGCGCACGAGGACUCCGUUCUCCUCCAGCUCACCGUUUCCCCCCGCAGCAUCGAUUACUUCCUCUACAAGGCGAGGGGCGCCCGGCCGCCGUCUCUGUCGCUGCUUCCCCGGUCCGCGCUCACCAGGAAGGCCAUCGGCAUCCUGCGCCGCCGCGGCCAGGGCACGUUCGCCGUGGCCGAGCUCCGCACGGCUGGCGGCGACGGCACGCCGGUGGCGUUCGACCUCUGCGUGCUGCUCUCGCCGGGCCCGGGGCCGUCGGAGACCGACAAGUGGGAGUUGAAGCGCGUGAAUGUCCGCGACGGCAAGGGGAAGGACCUGACGCUGCAGUGCUGGGAGACCGACGCCGUCGUACCCGUCGGCGGCCGGUUCCUGUGCUGGGUCGACUACUACCGUGGUAUGCUGGUCGGCCGCGUGUUCGCCGACGGCGGCUCCGUGCUCACGUACGUGCCGCUGCCCGUCGACACCCCUUGGGCGAAGCCCGACCACGGCCAGGAGUGCCCCGAGGCGUCCCGGAGCGUCUCCGUCACCGCCGGCGACACGGUGAAGUUCGUCAGCGUCGACCGCGGCCUGCUCUUCGUCUUCACCGUCACCAUCUGGACGCUGGGCAAGGCGCGGGACGGCAGCAUGGAGUGGGAGAAGGACGGCGAGUUCCGUGCCGCCGAGCUCUGGGCCUUCUCCAGCUACGAGCACCUGCCGCGUGUCCCGCCGGAGUACCCCGUCGUGAGCAUGGUCGACCCCGACGCCCUCUGCUUCAUGGUGAGCGAGGGACGCCACGCUGGUGUCGAAGCCGGGGGAGACGACACGGUGUGGCUGGUCGAGGUCGACACGAGGCGCAGAGCGGUGCGGUCAGUGUCCCGCUACUCCAAAGAAGAGACGAGGAACAUGUCAGGGCGUGCCUUCCACGACGAGGAGGAGGUGGACGACACCGAUGGCUUGGCCUCCCUGAACACGUUUCAUGGCCAUGCCUUCCUUCCCAGCGAGGUCACCACGUACGUACACGAGCAGUAG